UUAUAGGAAGCUCUGAUGAUCAGUCAGAACCUGAGAUGGUGGAGUUCUCAGCCAGUUCUCAGUUUUGAGCUUUUCCAUGAAAUUGCAAAGCCCACUGAAUUUCAAUGGAGACUUCAGAGGCAAAGUUUGGUGAUCAGUCCGUGUCUGAAGAUUGCUGUAAGCUGUGACACAGAACUGAGAUUUUCUUUGGAUCUGCUUUGGAAAACGUGUUGGGGAAGCUUCUCUUUCUGUCGUGCAAGGAGUGGGAACGUACUGUUGUUCAGAACUCUGAAAACAUUAAAAAAUGAAGUUAUUGCCACAUCUUGUGAAGACAAUGUCGACACGUUUAUUUCUCGGACCCUAAAAGGAGAAAAUUUGUCCAAGAAAGCAAAAGAAAAAAGGGAUAUCCUUCUUAAGAAGAUAAAAGAUGUUAAGGCAAGUUACCCUCAAGAAUUCCUCCAGGAUAAAGAAUUGGAAGAUGAGGAAGAGUCAGAGAGCUCCUUUUCUUCACCUCCUGACAGUGCCUCAAUAGCAUCUGACCGCUGUGAUAAAGAGGAUGAAGCACAUUCUGAUGGGAAUCAGUUUCCUCCUAUUGCAGCUCAAGAUCUUCAGUUUGUUCUGAAGGCUGGAUAUCUGGAAAAACGCAGAAAAGACCACAGUUUUCUUGGCUUUGAAUGGCAGAAGCGUUGGUGUGCUAUCAGUAAGACGGUUUUCUACUAUUAUGGAAGCGACAAAGACAAACAACAGAAAGGUGAAUUUGCCUUAGAGGGCUACACCAUCAGAAUGAAUAAUAGCCUUCGGAAGGACGCAAAGAAAGAUUGCUGUUUUGAAAUCUCCGCUCCUGAUAAGCGCAUUUAUCAGUUUACAGCUGCCACUCCCAAAGAAGCAGAGGAAUGGGUACAGCAAGUGAAAUUUGUAAUUCAAGAUAUGGAAUCUAAUACUAUUCCUGAGGAAGAGGAAGAAUAUGAUGAUGUUGGACAUGCAAGCAGUGAGCCAAUAGAUGACAGCAUUUAUGAAGAACUUCCAGAAGAAAAUGCUCCUCCAAAGACUGAAAUGCCAAAGAAAUGGAGCCAGGAGAAAGUAGAUGCUGCAUCAGAUGGCAAAAAUACCGACUAUGCCAAUUUCUAUCAGGGUCUGUGGGACUGCACCGGAGAUGUACCUGAUGAGCUGACAUUUAAGCGUGGUGAUGUUAUCUACAUUCUCAGCAAGGAGUACAAUAGAUUUGGCUGGUGGGUAGGAGAAAUGAAGGGAACCAUUGGCUUGGUGCCUAAAGCCUACAUAAUGGAGAUGUAUGAUAUUUGAGAGGCCUGGGAGAAGUCUGCGCUUGAAAUCAGGAGUGGUGUGCAGCUACAGUUUACAGACCUGUCCUCUGAAAGAUGAAGAUUCUGCCGUAGUCAGAUUGUAGCCUUGUACAUAUUAAACAUUAAAAACUGCAAUUGAUCACAAUUCCGCGGAAAUGUUCUUGGUCCCCUUUUUAUAGAAUUGUACUGCUAGGAAAUGAAAUAGAAGGUAUUUAACAUAUGGGGCACAGGCAGUCCCAUAGCGCCUGUUGCUCUUAAGUGUAUUAGCAGCAGAGUAUUGCUAUAGGCUUGUGUUCUAACCCACGCAAUUUGGCUCUGUGUUCCCAUUACUCAGAUUUAGAAAAAUGGAGCUGAACUUUGAAAGCAGAAAACUAUUGCUCAGUUCAUGGAUAUGUUAAUUACUGGAGUUGUUCACAUUUUUUGCAGUUUCUAUGAAAAUCAAAGGAAAUUUCUAUGUAGUAUUGUAAGUCUUAAAAUUGUUCUGCUUCCAAAUGUGUUUUGUUUGUUUGUUUGUUUUGUUUUUACAUUCUUCAAUUUUUUUACAUUUCA